UUCACAUAUGGAUUCAAUCAUUUAGUUUCAUUACACAAUUACAUUUAAAUUACACUAAGUAUUUAAAUGUUGAUAUAAGGGCUUAUUUGUUAUCUGCACAACACAGCAUACACAACAAAAUAAAUAGGGCACAAGCUCCCUCUACUGGACAAAAUGAAGACGUUGAAAUAAAAUCUUAUCAUCUGCUCAGUUGGGGGCGACAGUAUGCCAUUGAUGGUAGAGAGAACUGAUUUAGGAAUUUCUAGUAAAUAAAUAUAUUUUUUAAAAUCUCCUUUAAAUAAGCGUGCAAUAGCCUAAUAAACCGAGAGAUGGCUUCUAUUAACUCUGGUUUAGUUUUGGGAAUAAUAAGAGACUAAACAAAUAGAAAGUCACAAUUUGUUCAAAACUGACAAAGAUAUAAAUACAUUAUGGGUUUACUGGUCAAUUACCAUCAUGAUAAACAGGUGGACAAGUUGUAGCCGCCCCCUCACAUCCUCUGGCGCAGGGGACGAGUGUUGCGUAAAGAAUGGAAGCGAGGAGUGGCACAGGAUGAGUUUAAAAGGCGCACUUACAAACUUUUACGCAUCACAACUUCUUCAGUUUGCCAGAUUGAGUUUACGUAUCGUGACUUUGGACACUGUGAAGAUGCGUUGCGCACUUUCUAACCUGCCGAUGCUGCACUCCUCCAUCCUGGCUCUGUGGCUCACAGCUCUCCAGGGGUUCAGAGAUUCGGAUGCUGCUCCCAAUUCCUCUCCUCUGCUAGGCUCCAGCUGGGGGAACCCGAGGAGAUUCAUUCACUUUCAGACAACAUCUGAUUUGAACAAUUUCUACAUGGAGAUCAGCCCGAACGGAAAUGUGCGCAAAACCACGCACCGGGGUUCCUACAGUGUUGUUGUAUUAAAAGCAGAGAGCAGAGACCGUCUGGCAAUAUUUGGAGUUAAAAGUAACCGGUUUUUGUGCAUGGACGCAGGAGGGACUCUUUUCACAUCUACGAUUUGCAAUAAGGACGACUGUCUUUUUCACCACAAACUUUUGGAAAACAAUCGAGACGUUUACUAUUCCACCAAGCACAACAUACUGCUCAACCUGGAUGGGAUAAAGCAGGUAUAUACAGCAGGACAAAAUCUCCACCAGUCGUCCUUGUUUCUCUCAGAGAAAAACACCAUUCCACUGGAGCGUCUGCAGCACAGGGAGAGGAGAAACCGGCAGGUGAAUCCAUCCGACCCGCUGAAUGCGCUCCGGCGCGGCGAGACGUCUGACUCCAGAGCGGCCCAGGAGGACGAUGGAGACCUUGACUUUGAGCCAUCGGAAGGUCGCAACAUCUCUAAAGAAACUCUUGUUUCCCCUUCAGACGAUGACCCUUGGGAGAUUCUUCACGACACGAACCCCAGCAGUCCUCGAAUCUCAGGAAUUGUCGGAUAAAGGCGCACACGCGCCUUGGAGUGACCGCGCAUCCGUCGCUGCUUGCUCAGAUUCGGAGAGCAAAAGGAUGUGGUACAACAAUUUUAGAAAAUAAAUAUUUUUUAAAUCUCCCCAAACACGAACAUCCCGAUUUCUAAUGUCAACCAUUGAAUCUGGAUAAAAUACAGCUAAAACAGCUCUGGGUUACCGUUUAGGUUAUUUUUAACACAGCUAUUUAUAGCACAUCUACACAUGAGAAAAUAACUUCACAAUAGAAUUAAGAAAUUAUUCAGAUUUAUCAUCUAAAUAAGGGGUGUGAAACUACGUGCCUGAAAGGCCAUAUGGCCCCAAUAAACAACCCUGAGUCGUGUUAUCGGCGACUUCAGGAACACAUAAAAUUACUACCAGGUGUAUUUGAGCAUGGUUGGAACUGAACUCUCCAUAGGAGCAGAGUUUGUCUCAUGCUGUGCUUGAAAUAUAUCUAAUAUUGUUUUUUUAGAUAUAAGUUUGUUAUUUUUCCACCUGCCAUCCUAAAUUUGUCUUUGGUGCUGGACACCAUAUUUGAAUAACAAUUGUCAACCAGAAAAAGUAUUUAUUUAUUUAAUGACAUACAUUUUUAUUUAUGAUAUUUUUAUGGAUGCUUAAAGUGUUAGAUGUGCAGGAAAAAUUCAUAUACUUGUUAUGCUCUAUUAUUUAAAUAAAUAAAUAAAAAUGUUUAUUGAUUAAAAAAAUUUUGUUUAAUCUCAUUAAUCUUUCAGAAAACUUUUUUGUUCAUCAUUUUGUUUAU